AUGUCUCCACCAAUUAGUAUUCCUCCGAGUCGAUCCACCCAGGUAGACAAACAACAUCCUCGCCCAAGGCUGGAAAAUGACUCUCGACGUGACAGCCACGAUUCCGAUGAAGGGAAACCUGCGCCUCUGCCAUUACUCUAUCCUAAACCUCCACUUCCCCCAGUAUUCCCACUCGAAGGCCAAGAUAAGGACAGGGUCACCGAGUGCAUUCUCAAGGAACGGGCUCUUGAAAUGCGGGAGAAGGAAGAUAUCCAAGAGAUUGAAGAAAGUAAUGGAUGGAGGUUCACUAGUGACACGGCGGGAAAGAUGUAUUUAAAAAUUCAGGAUAAGGAUACAAGCACCUUCAUCAAAUGCAACAACUUUGCAAGAGAUUGUAAGAAAGCUAUCCGAUCAAACCCACGAGUUGAUUCACGACUGGAUUCAAAGAGGAAAGGGGCUCUGGCUCCUGGUCUUAGUAACUUGCUGACUCCGGAAAGGAAAGCACAGCAUCUGGAGAGAUUAGAUACAUUAUUGACGUCAAAGAACAGGUAUGCUCAGUACUGGACAAUCGAUGAUCUUCCCAGUGAGUGGCUCAAGAUUGACAAUGAGGUUUUGUGUUCAAAAGAAGACCAAGUAGUACUAAUUAAAAACGUCGAGAAGAAGAAGAGAGCCCUUGAGAAGUCGAAGCCUGGGGGCAAGGUGGAAGAUGGAAAACAUAAAGAAAGACACAGACUUUCAAUAAACGCAGUGAAGAGAACAAGUGACGAUAAGCAAAGAGAAGGUCGUCAAGAGCCAAUAUGUAAAUUCGAAGUUGAAGGGGUGAUCGUUACCGAGAUGCGAAGAAGCAAUAGAGAAAGACUUUAUGGGAGAGCUCAUGAGGGACGCCGAGUGCUGGAAGAUGAACUCGAAAAGGAAAGAAUGACUUCUAAAAAUAGACCAAGAAUCCAUGACCCAAAGGUCGAUGGGAAAACCAAAAAUAUACAGCAAGCACCGAUAAAUGGGAUCGGAAGAGAACGGAUUGUUAUUGAAAACUCAAGAGGUGAUACCAGAACGGAAAUCGACGAAAGAUCCAAAGAAGGGCGUCGAGUGUCGGGAGAUGAAGUCGCGAAGACAAAGACGGCCGUUGCUGAGAAUUCUAGACAUAACGGCAGAAAAGAAGUUGAUGGGAAAUCCAAAUUAGGACGUCAAGUGCUAGGGGAUGAAAUCGGAAAGAAAAAGAUGGUUCCCGGCGACAGGUCGAGAAUUGGUAACCCAGAAGUCGAUGGGAGACUCAAGAACAAACACCGAGCGCCAAUAAACGGGACUGAAAAGGAACAAAUUCUUGUCGAGAAACCUGGAGCUGGCAGCAAGGUAGAAGAUGACGGCAAUUUCAAGGAAGAUAAUGUACUACCUAACAAGCGGCAUGGCUCAGCCGUGAUAAAUGAAGUCGGAGAUAAAAAGACAGUGGCUAUAGAAAGAUCAAGAAAUGGGACAGCAGAAACCAAUAAGGGAUUAAAGGACGACAGUGUACUACCCAAGAAGAGACAUGGCUCAGCUACAAUGGAUGAGGCCGAGAAUAAACGGGCAAUGGCUGUGGAUAAGUCAAGAAAUGGUAAAGUAGAAACUGAUGGCAGAUCCAAAGAUACCAGCCUACCACCUAAGAAGAGACAUGGAAGUCAGUAG